GAGUUAAGUCCUCCGAUAUGAGCGGACAUACCGCGUAAGAAUGCGCUUCAUUAUUGCUUGGCUGCCGCUCAGCCUGUGUCUGACUUUCCAAAUGAACGUGAAUUCAGUUGAGGCCGCGAAUAUUUUAGGCAUAUUUCCAUACCGACAUUCGUCGACCUAUAAGGUAAUCCAACCUUUAAUGCAGGCCCUUGUUGCAAAAGGCCAUAACUUAACAAUCAUAGCCCCCUCGCAUAUUUCGCCUGAUAUCGAUGGAGUUCGUCAUAUACGAGUGGACUUGUUACACCAACACCUGCAUGAACUUAUGAAUUCGGACCAACUUCUUGACUUCUUCCGGGACAAAUGGAGAGAAGCAGUUUUUGCUGCCACAUUUCUUGCCAACACUUCUGCUGCGAUUCUUAGUGAUGAUGCUGUCCAGAAAAUGCUAAGUGACAAAAGUGAGCGCUUCGACAUGGUCAUGAUAGAGACAGCCCAAUUGGAUGCAGUCUAUGGAAUGGCGGAAUACUAUAACGCCACCUUAGUUGGGGUAUCCUACAUACGUCUCAACUGGAGUGUCGAAGAUUUGGCUGGAAAUCCGGCACCGAGCGUCUUGGAGCCUAUAUCCCCCAUGGGGUUUUCAUUGCACUCCUCUCUUUUUAGUCGGAUAUAUAAUUGGGUUUACAUAACUGAGGAGAAGCUGCUGAAUGACCUUAUCAUCCGUCCUGCUCAAUUGCGCAUCUUUAAGAAAUUCUUUGGCUACUCGGCCCAAAAAAUGGAAGAGCUACGGUCAAGAUUUUCGGUGAUCUUGGUAAAUAACCAUUUCAGUUUUGGGCGGGUCAGAUCGAAUGUGCCCAAUAUUAUCGAGAUAGCCGGAAUUCACCUCAGCGAACCACCAGAGCCUUGUGGGCAGGAUCUUCAACAGUUCUUAGACGAAGCCGAGCACGGUGUUAUAUAUUUCUCAUUGGGGCUCGACAUUAUGCUAAAGCUUCUACCACAAGAUAUUUUGCAACCGCUGGAGCAAACUUUUUCUCGAAUUAAACAAAGGGUGGUGUGGAAAACCGAUGAUACCGUAACGCCCAAUCAAACCGGUAAUAUCUACAGGAUGGCCAGAACGCCACAGCGAAUGAUUCUUUCCCACCCCAAAACCAGAAUAUUUAUAACCCACGGGGGGAUUCUGAGUCUCAUUGAGGCGAUUGACAGCGGAGUUCCGAUGCUGGGAAUACCCUUCUUCUUCGAUCAGUUAGAUAACUUGCACAAAGUUCAACAGGCAGGUAUGGCAAGAGUCCUAGACACACUUUCCCCAACUGCAGACACAGUUACUGACAUUAUUCGGGAUUUGAUCGAAGAACCAAAGUAUGCUCAAAGAGCUAAGGAAAUGUCAUCUAUCUUCAAAGACCGUCCCAUCAGUCCUUUGGACUCGGCGGUUUGGUGGACGGAAUAUGCUUUGCGCCAUAGGGAUGCCAGACUUAUGCGAAUCAACGAGAGUGAUCUUUCAUUCAUGGUUUACUACAAAGUGGCUGACCUUCUACCUCUGUGUCUUCGAAUCGGGGUUAUAUUCAUAUUCAUAAUAUUUAUCAGUUGUAGGCUGAUCAAAAAACACCGCACUGCAGAUAUGCAAAUACGUGAAAGGAAUUCUCUUGUUAUGCAGAAGUUAUAUUAAUGUAAAAUUCUUAGGUAUAGUAUUUCAUGAUAAGUUUUAUUUUAUUCUCAAUGAGUAUGUUAAAUAAUAUUCAUCAAGUUUAAGUAAAGCUUGCAAAUUUAUUUCGAUUGAUGGAAAAUUAAUGCCCAGGAAACUCCGACGAGCGCAAAAACGCUCAUAUUCUGUGAACGGUUUUUGAUAAAACUGAAUCAAAAAUA